ACACUGUCCAUGUUCAUCAUCAGGCUGAUUAGGACGGGAGGACAGCAGCGUCUCUGCAGCUACACACAGACGGUUUUUUAUAAUUCAGGUCACAGAAAAUGGGAGCACAAUGUAUCCUGAAGGGAAGCUUCAGCAGAAACCUUAUUAUUUCUUUACAAUCUGCAAUGGCUGUGAGAUGCAACCAGAGAACCUGAGUGCAGGAGCCAAGCAGCACCACCUUUAAGUGAACUCUGAAUUUGAUUUGACCUGCUGGAACACCCUCUUCAAUCACCAGAUGGAGUGUUUUCCACGUACUGUGUGUCCAAGUGCCUUGCUUCUGAUCAGAACUCUGCACCUACUAUAUACUGGAACAGAUGGGCAAUAAGGUGUUUAGUUGUAAGAGACAAUUUAAUGCUACAUGAUUGCCCACAGUGGACAGUAGUACCUUGAGAGCAGUUGCCACAUACCCUGUUUUUCUAUCGCUUAAUGGAAAGAAUGAUAAAAAGGUUGUGUGGACCUUACAAUGAGAAUUCACUGACAAGCACAAGAAACCCAGGAGAAUCAAGGACACAUUGACUGUGAGAAGAGGAAAUUAAGGACAUCUUUUUUGGGCGAUAUUAACAAAGAAGCUACAUAUAUAAAUGCUUUUGUUAUAUGAACAUCAUCUGCAGAUUGUCAUAAAAAACAAAAGAACAAUAGGGAUUCCUGACACUACUUCCAGGCUGGCUGUCAUUCCAGCAGCUCAAGGAAUCCCUCAGUAUCUCACUAUAUUCUACUAAAUAGUCUGCUACUACAGAACUCACUAUAAUUUGAAUCCUCUAAGAUUCAUUCAAAAAACCAUAGCUCCUAUGAGGUCUUUCCAAAGUGUCAGCGAGUGUAGAAGGUUUUUAGAUAUCUACACUAUCCAGUGGUCUCUGUCCACUCCUAUAGCUGCAGCCACUUGGCAGGCAUGGGCCUAUGGAAAAUGUUGCUCCCGCAAGGUUGCUAAAACAGCUUUAUUGAAUAAAUAAUAAAGUAUUACCAUCCCUGUCUAGGCAAAUGUAGGGGGGGGGGGGGUGCACAAACUACUGUUGAUCAAGGUUGGUAAUCUGAGGUAUUACAAAUUCCAAGAAUCCCAAUGUUCAACUUAAUCUCUUUAUUAGCUAACAUCAUUCAAACUUAAAGUUAGCAUCACAUACCCACCAAAAGGGACCAUGGAUUUCAAUGGGAGCCAGGACUAUGGGUCCUAUCCAACAGGACUGCCCUAUAACACAAGUAUGGACUAUGAGGACUACUACCCGGAGCCUGACGCCAGUAAAAUCAUCAUUCCAUCCAUUUAUGCUCUUGUCUGCUGUGUAGGCCUUAUUGGCAAUGCCAUGGUCAUCUAUGUCAUUCUGAAAUACGCCAAAAUGAAAACAGCCACUAACAUUUACAUCCUCAACUUAGCAAUUGCUGAUGAGCUGUUCAUGUUAAGUGUUCCUUUUCUGGCCACAUCAGCUGCUGUCCGUCACUGGCCCUUUGGGUCACUGAUGUGUAGACUGGUGCUGAGCGUAGAUGGCAUCAAUAUGUUUACAUCAAUCUUUUGCCUGACUGUGCUAAGUGUGGAUCGUUACAUAGCAGUGGUCCAUCCUAUCAAGGCUGCCCGCUACCGCAGACCCACUGUAGCCAAAGUAGUCAAUGUCUGUGUUUGGGGGCUAUCACUCAUAGUCAUCCUGCCCAUCAUUAUCUUUGCAGACACUGUCCCUGCACAGGACGGUGGUGUGGAUUGUAAUUUCUUGUGGCCUGAAUCGGCGUGGUCAGAAGCAUUUGUGGUCUAUACCUUCCUGUUAGGGUUUCUGCUGCCGGUCGGAGCCAUCUGCUUAUGCUACUGUUUAAUGGUGGCCAGGAUGCGAGCAGUGGGACUAAAAGCAGGCUGGCUUCAAAGACGGCGCUCGGAGAAGAAGAUCACACGCAUGGUGCUGCUAGUUGUGGCGGUGUUUGUCCUCUGCUGGAUGCCCUUCUACAUUGUCCAGCUGGUAAGCGUUUUCCACCGGCCCCCAGACCCAAUGGUCACUCAGCUUUUUGUCAUCCUCAGCUACGCCAACAGUGGCGCCAAUCCUAUUCUGUAUGGCUUUGUGUCCGACAAUUUCCGGCGUUCCUUUCAACGCAUUGUGUGUUUCCGGUGGCUGGAGACUGGACUGGACGCGGAACAGGUGGAUUACUGUGCUGUCGCUUUGAAGAGACAAGCAACAUGUAGCCCUCUGGAUUUUCCUAAGGACUGUAUGGCUUCUGAUAUGGUGUUUCGCAAUGGGACAUUUACCUCCCGUACAACCACAGUGUAAGCAGAACAGGACCUAAAACAAGUAGCCACAACCCAAGAUGGACUUUUUCAACCUUUGGCUUACACAGGGGAGUUUGAUAUUUAAUUGUGAGUCAUAUGUUUGUUAUAAAAACUCAUACUCAGAAGUUCCAAAUAUAAGUUUGUGGAAAACACAAGUGUGCCAAACAAAAAUAUAAUUGACCACACGUAAACUUGUUAAUGUCAGGUGUCAGGAGGAUUUUGGGACAUCGGCCACAAAGUUGAGAAAACCCGAAGAACAGUUAAUGGAAGAAAGAAAGUGUACAGUUCAGCAGCCAACCCCAGCUGGCUGACAUGUUGGGAUAAAAACUGACAAUGAAAAAGAUGUAUAUAACUGUAAGGAUACCACUAAUUCUGUUAUCAAGUGGACAAGGAUGUAAAGCACAGGUGAAUGUAAGCACAAAAUGGUAAUGCUUAACAUUUUGAUUGAUAGGCAUAAGAGGCUGCCUGGGAAGCCCAUGAGUUAAACUGUUAACCCCAAUCCAUCCAUGACAUAAAAUUCUAAUGUAAAGUCUACAUAAAUGCCCAGGAUUGUCAAAAUGACACAAAAACUUUAUGUUCACUCGACACAAAAACUCAUCUCUCUUGACAUAAUUUUGUUAAUGGUAAGUCAACAAUUUUUGAGUUUUGAGCUAAGUUGACUAAAAUGUAUGAAGCUGAUUUCACCUAAUAAGUUGAAGGUCAAUAAAUAACACUAUCAUUGUGCUCUUAUUGUGACAACAUAUUGUGAUGUGUUGGGGCUAGAUGGGUGGAGUUUUCCAGCAUGCCAUGAGACAAUGUGUUUAAGGCCAUAAGCUGAAGAAAACUGUGUUUAAAUGUGUUUUAAAUCACUCACGUUACCCAUUACACAGUGAUUAAUGUUUAUGUGUUUUACAAUGCUUCUAAUGGGUUACAGUUAAUGUUGUGGUAAAAAACAUUUUCCACCACGAGUUAUGUCGUAUACACAGUUAGUGACCUCCUGCCUGUGUGGAUAUAAGAGUGUCUUUUAAAAAGUUUAGGCAAGGCAAAAUAAAGAGCACUUCCAGGUUCAGCCUUCAUCUCUUUGCCUUAUUUUAGAAAAAAAAUGUUGUAAAAUGUGUACCAAAUGUUUUUAUGUUAAUAUGACAUAGAAUUCAAUGCUCAAGCAACAACUGACAUAAAAUUCCUGUUAGAUAAGGGUCAUGUGACGCAUUUAUUUUUGUGCCUGGUAUACUCAAAACUUUUAUGUUACUGUAUUGUACUAAACUAAAGGUUCUGAGUGCAAGCUGUUUAAAUUUAAGUUGAGUGAGCGAAUUGGGGUUUACAGUGUAAUUAGAAAUGUGAAAAUGUAUUUUCAUUUCUCAUAAAGUAAUUGUUUAUUAACAGAUACACCACAGUAAAGCUUCUCAUGGCACCCACAAAAUCAACAAAUUCUACACAACUGUGGUUAAAAUCCCAUUUGAAAAAGUUUCACUUAAUUCCCACAGUUCACAAAAGUUUGCCAUGGCAAAAUGAACCUUCAAAAAAGAAAAAAAAAAAGAAAAAAAUUACUGUCUGGUGAAAACUUUCCUAACCAAUUCUGUGAAGAAUUAACAGUAAUGGACCAAACAUAAGCUAGGAGCCUGGAGGACAUCUGGAAAUUAAUGAGUGCUAUUGGGCAUUAUAGAAAAUCAGGAGGUAUAUUUUUAACUAAAUAUUUAUUUGUCUUUAUAUCAAUUAUAAUAGCACUAUCCAUAAAAUGAAAACUGAUUUUGAUUCAAUUUUACCACAUAUUGUUCAGAUCUGUCAAACUUUUAAAUGUAAUUGAUCUAGUCUAACUUUUACGUAGUUGUUCUGCAGAUUUCUUCACCACAAAGUUUGAUUCAAAAUUUUUGAUGAACUGAAAUUUUUUGGGGCUGACAACAAGUGUCACCAAGCUUAAUGUCAUAAUAUGCUAAUGUGCUGGUUUUACUUUUUUUUUUUUUUUUUGGGGGGGGGGGCGUGUUGUAUUGGGCCCCAAAAAGGCUUGUGUUGGCCCUGGAUAUCACCCACAAAAGAGAAAGGUUAAGUAACAGUGUUGUUUUUUAAUGUUGUUUGAUUCUUUCUGUGUGCCUUUCUGUAUUUGCUGUAUCUGUAUUUGUUAAUUAUUUGUUAGUGGAACUGUUUAAAUUUUAGAUUUGUCUUUGCAAAUUGAGCCACAGCUGUUUUGCUUGAGUUGCACAACAUGACAGAAAUGGCUGGAAAAAAAAGAUGUAUAUGUUGAGUUCAUGUUUCUAAAUUACAAAGGCUCACAAAAGUGA